GAUUAUCUAAGCUAUAAGGAGUACGAGAAAAUGAUGGUAGAACAGCUGGAGACCCAGAUUAUGGAGUUACAAUUCCUGGAAAAAUGCUUUGCAAAAAUGGAUGUCAAUGGGGACGGAACUAUCACGGCCAAAGAAAUUGCUAAGACGAUGGGUAUCUCAAGGUCAGACGCUGAUGAGCUGGUGAAGGAGGGUGAUAUGGACGGGGACGGGGAGCUCACGUUUGAUGAGUUUGUUUCCGUCUACAGAAAGAAGGAAAAUUAAGAAGAGGAAUCAAAAAGACAUAAUAUGGGCGAAUUCCUGUGUAC